AUGGACGAAUCUAAAGCUAUGUUUCCUCCUCAAAUCCGUUCAGAAUCUUCUCCUCCGGACAUAAAGGCUCUGUCUUUGAGCGUUUUCUUCAACGGGAACAACCUCUUCAAAGAGGAUGCUUGGGAUGAGUACAACAAGCCUAUUGAUGGAUUGACAUUGUACAUCCCUUCUCGUUCUGAAGUAGCUGAAUCAUUGAAACCAAUAAACAUCAGAGGAGGUGAUGAUGAUGAUGAUACAUCUGAGCAUGUUCCUUCUGGUUCUAAGAAACGAAAGUCAAUGAAGCCAACACCAUUGGCGUUGAGAAACAAGAAUAAAGCUAUGUGCUCAUCUGAUGAAAACCACAAUCCUCCUAAGGUAGUGCCAUUAGUAGAAGUGCUUCAAAAUCUGGGAAAAGAGUUUCCUGCAAAACUCAAAAGGUCUAGAUAUCUUGGAACACCUACAAGUGUGAGAUCCGAGAUAGCAGAUUCUGGUGGACCAGCUUCAAGAGAAGUGCCACUCAAUGAGUUGUUUCAAAAAGAAGUAGUGAAGAGGAAGAGUGAGCAUUUGGAAGAGAAGCGAGCUUGUAUGGAUUGUUAUGAUAACAUUACCACAACUGAGAUGGUCAUAGACAGAGAGGCCAAUGAGGCAGGAAGGACUUUGGUGCUAAGCCCAUCUGAUGGAAACAACUUAUCAAGUCCUCCUGUUGGUUUCGAUGGAGAAACUGGCAUUGCUGUAUCACCACCAGAGACAAUGCCAACGUGUGAUGAUGAGAUGAAUGUACAUGGAAGCAAUGCAGACGAGAGUACUAUGAUGGAUGAUGGCAGCACGGCAGCAUACUGUUUGCUCAAUGAAGCUGGUAUCCUAGCAAGAGAUGAUGGAGAAGAAACGGAGCCAAGGGUUGAAGAGAAUAAUGAAGGCAGAAGUGAAGCGGCUGAGAUCAACAUUCCAAUCCCAUCUGAUGGAAACAAUUCUUCAGCUCCUCCUCUUGCCUCUGAAGGUGCUAGUGAAGAUGAAGGAAGCCAAGCACAUAAGAGUAUGGGCCUGAGCUCAUCUGAUAAGUCAAGCACUCACGUCAACGUAGGGGAUCAAACUCAUGAGAAUGGCCAGGGAAGUGAGGACACUGUGAAAUCCCAGGAGGAGUUAGAAGACAUAGGAACGAGGGACGAUGAAGGUGGUGUUGGUAAUGACUCCAUUAAACAGAGUUUUCUCAGUAUAGAAGAGAUGGCAAAGGAUAUUGAGGAGCGUAUUAUGAAAACACAGAAAAGAGUGAGAUGGUUGAAAGCGAUGAAAGUUAUGAAACAGAGGAAAGUCACAUCAGCUCGUUUAAUAUAGAUAAAGAAAGAAGCAGAGACAAACGCAAGUUAAAUAUCAGAGAUCAGUCUCACCUUUGUGGUGUUUAUGCUUUACUAUCUUUUGGUUUUAAUGCUUAGUAACUAUCUUUUGGGGACUGUUUCAUGUCUAUCUUUUGAACAAAGCAAUGAACUAAGAACAAAGAGAUAGCAAAUAGAGGAGCUAGCUUUGAAUCUAGAUGCACGUAUGAUGAAGGUGG